UUUGUUUGUCCUACAGUGCAUAAUAAUAAUAAUAAUAAUAAUAAUAAUAAUAAUCAAAUGCAGCAAUAAUACACCAUUGUCUAUAUUGACGGCCCUCUGAAGGAAACCACAACUAUGAUGUGACCUGCACCAAAAAUUAAUUUCACACGAGAUUUUAGUCUCCAGUUACCCAAACAGGCGCUGACACAAUGUGCAAACUCCACUAAGGAAAACCGUUGCCCAUUUAACCUCAUAACUGCGAAGCAGACGUGUUCACCACUGAGACCGUCCUGCUGCCUGAAGAAACAAACCAAAUUGAAAAUAUGUAGUCUGGGGCUAAAUAGAAGCGCACCAGUGUUCAAUGUUUUAAAAUAGAUCCCAUGAAAACACUUUCAGUGCCGCCACGUGCCUGGAGGAACGGACGGCUUCCCCCACUCCUCACCCCGGCACACUGAUCAUUAUGUAUGUAAUCAUGCGGCUCUGUAGACAAUUAUAUAAAGCCGAUACACUGCUGAAUGCAAGCGGUCAGCAGCUUAUGGCCAGGGAUUUUGUUAAAUGGCUUAACAGUAGAUUUACACUCUGUAUUUAGGUUUCAGACAUGAAAAUACAUUUGGAGCCAGGGUGUCUUGAGGUAUAAAAAGCUGCGAUGCUGACUAGCUCCUCACAACUCUCAACUGGACCUUCCUGCUUCAGCUUCCUGCUACGCCUAUAAGAAUGGACUUCCAAAUGUCAGCCUUGGUCAUGCUGGUGUUGGCAAGUGUGGAGCAGAGCCUGGCCAGCUGUGUGGUGGAUAGCUUCAUGGUCAAACAGGACUUUGACCCCAAAAGAUAUGCCGGGAAGUGGUACGCCCUGCAAAAGAAGGACCCUGAGGGUUUGUUCCUUCAGGACAACAUCUCAGCUGAAUACACCGUCGGAGAUGACGGUGCCAUGGUGGCUUCCUCCAGGGGCAGAGUCACUUUGUUCGGGUUUUGGGUUGUGUGUGCUGACAUGGCUGCUCAGUACUCGGUGCCUAACCCUGAGAGCCCAGGCAAAAUGUUCAUGAACUACCAGGGACUGGCCAGCUAUCUGUCCAGUGGAGGUGACAACUACUGGGUCAUCGACACAGACUAUGACAACUACGCCAUCACCUACGCUUGCCGCAGCCUGAAGGACGAUGGAAGUUGUGAGGACGGAUACGCCCUGGUCUUCUCCCGCAACCCCCGUGGCCUGCCCCCUCCUAUCCAACGAAUUGUGCGCCAAAAACAGGAGGAAAUUUGCAUGGCGGGACAGUUCCAGCCCGUGCUGCAGUCCGGAGCUUGCUAAAUGUGUCUCAACCAGCAACCGAAGACAACUUAGUCAUUGGUCCAGGAAUUAAGUCAGUGAGAACUCUGUUAAAGCUGAUACAAAAUGAAUCCUGUCACACUGAAAACUGUCAUAAUUGUUUUAUUUGUCAUGACAGAAUAUCCCAUUUAAAUGUAAUGUAAUGGUCAAGAUAAAAUUGGGGGGGGGGGGGGCAUUUUUUUUUUGAUUG